AUUUAUCCAUGUUAAUAGUAUCAACAUCAAUAACUAUUGUUUCUAUUAACGUUUAUUGCUGCAAUCAGUAAUAACUCAAGUGAGCUCAAGUAAAUAGAAUGCUUGAAAACGUAUUUAAACCGAGUAAACAUUGAAGAUAAACAAAGGUCUUCACAAAUCCCCCAGGGCGUUUUUGUCCCACGGGAACAACCAACCCGAAGGUGAAGAAUGUUUGAUGUUCCUGCGGAUUUAGAAACCCGAAAACCCGGCACUUCGGCGUUAUGGGAGUCCGAAAAUACAUUCAGAAAAGAACAAAAAGGAGAAAAAGGCGCGCCGUAACGCACAUGCGUGAGCGCCGUAAUUUAUUUUAAGGAGCAUCGCAGCUACGACUUACGUCGAAUGCGGGCCUCAUGUUCCCGAUAAUCGUGGUUUUUAAAAUAGCCCGUCGUUGAUACAACCGACGUUUGAAUUGAGUUUGGUGCCGGGCGCAUCUGAUCGUUAAAUUAACAUUCGGUUUCCUUUCCAGUCUCAAGCCUACGCAUGUUAACGCCAUGUUGGUUUAGAUUUUAAUGAAUAAUAAUCCCGUUUGUUGAUAAUCUAGUUCGGUUUAAUUAGGCUAAACGGGUUUCUGUUAAGUGCUGUGUUGUUUAGGUAUAUUUAGUGGAUAGUUAGUUGUAAAGUGCGUUUUGAAAAACAGUGAUUUAGGACGCGCAGGGCUAUUUAUAAAGUGAAUAAAAAUCGACGGGCUUUUCUGUACUUUACCAAUUAAAACCAAUCUAACUAGUUUAUUUUCGUUCGUUGUUUGCAUGAGUCACGGCGCGUUAACAUCUUGAUUGUCUUUCGCUUUUCUUUUUUACCAUCUAUUUCCAAUUUCACAAUACGAAUACGAAAGCGAGUUGCACAUAGACCAUUCACGAUACACGCGGAAAUACCUCCGAAUUUUAACAUUUCAUUUGGUUUAAACAUUACAUGUUACUUACAUGACUAAUACAAUUUCUAAGUAUUAAACCAUCUUCCUCAAACGAUAAGAGUUUAAGAUCCGGUGUAGGUACCCAUUUUAAUUAACUCUCUUGGUGAUCUCAAGGAGUAAAGGAAGAUGAAAGGACGCAAGGUCCUACAAUGACCCAGUGCCAUAAAGACAUGCUUAUCGUACUCUUGUGUUGUAUAAUGAAAAUUCUGGAAUUCUCCUCGGGAUCGUUUGCUCCUGCCUCCGGCGGGGCGCCCACCCUUAAGCGGAGGAAAAGAUAUAUCAGACGAAGGAAAGGUAAAGGAAUGACGGAGAUAGGCAUCAUCCGGGGCAGUCCGGACUCCGAUUGCAACAGCAAUCACCACGGCUCCGCCAGCUACGUCAGCAACACCUCCUCACAAGACAUCGAUUUCAUCCAAGACAAUUCGGAUUACCAAUGGUUCAUCGAUUAUGGAUACAGGGACGGAGCAUCCAACAACCACACCAGCAUCCUCUCACUGCCGGAAUCCUACGAAGCCUCCGACCUGAACUACUACGAUGCCUUCGCCAAGAACGUCGACGCCAAUCUGGCCGAGGCCGACAUGGAGAGCUUCCGCACCGAGGACAUUCGCGCCCUGCUGAGCAACCUGCCGCCCAUGUGCACCGAUCACCAGAGCCAGGAGAACAGCCGGCGCGGCGAGUGCUACGCCAGCAUCACCGGCUCGCUGAUGGCCAAAUUCGAGCUCGACGGCUCGCUGAGCGGCCGCGACAGCUCGCAGGGCGACGAGUACUCGGCCGGUUCGAAUUCGAUGUCCAUAUGCAAGUCGGAGUUGCUGUUCAGCCCCGUGAAGGAGACCGUGUUGCCGGUGAACUUCAGCGUCGAUUCGUUGGACUCGGAUUUCCACGAUAUGAUGCUCACGUGCCAGGCUAAUAAGGAUAAUUACACCAUCGCCUUCGAGGGUUCCGUUACCACUUAUUCGGAGGACGGGGAUUGCAGCGAAAAAGAUAAGAACGCUCGCAACCGCAACUCGGAGAGCGCCCGCUGGUCGAGCAACAACGCCAACAACCGGCCGCGGAGCCCCGUCGACGGGCUGGACGACUCGAUGACGCGCUCGGAGGACUCGAACAGCCUCACCACCUGGAGCAAGCUGAAGAAGACCAGCGGCGAGGAGGCGAGGCGACAUCCGUCGGGCAACAACAACAACUCGGAGAGCGACUCGGCGGCCCGGUUGCACGUCGACGACGCGACCAGCAAGAGCCGCAGCUUGCCGAAUUUGAGCAAGCAGAAGGAGAAAUCGGGAGCCGGGAAGGAGCACAGCGAUAGUUCGGUAAGCGAUCGGUUGCGGUGGUUUGAAGGGGGCGACACGGUGAGAGUGUUCGACAUACAGCAUCAUACGAAUAGCAGCAACAGCGGUAGCGUGUCCGAAAUGGCCACUUCUGUUGAUAUGAGCUUCAGCGAUAACACCAACAACAAGCCCAACUUCAGCCUCGUGAAGUUGUUUAUGAAGCAGAAGAGCAUGAGCGUCGAAGGCAUGUCGACUACAAUGGAUCAGCUAUCGUCCACGGAAAAUUGGCCGGCUAGCCAAUCGGGGGAAAGCAGCGGCUCGGUGUCGAAAGAAAUCGUGAAAGACUUCACGAAAACUUGCAAUUCGAUAACGGAGGAGCCCGAAGAAGAAACACCCCAACCGAUAGCGGCUCAAAUUCAAAGCGAUCCGCCGUCGAAAAACAUCAACAACAACAACAACAGCGUAGAAAAACCGGCCGGAGCUCACGUGGUGAUGAACAGGAGCAUCCAAACGUCGCAUUUCUCCGAGAUAACGAACCUCAAGAACGCCAACAAAACCUGCACGGAGGCGGCCUGCAAGAGAUCCGUGAAGAUUUUAGAACCGUCGUUUCUCAGGAAGCUGAAAUCCGAAGGCGAAACGAAGAAGCCCGUGUACGUCCUGUACCCGAACUACGUGCUGCCGAAUUUGGAUUUCCUGAGCGACCAAGACGUCCCGCCCGAAUUGCUGCUGGUGCCGCAGAAACCGCCCGAGACCGUCUCGACCAAACGCCGCCCGUUCAGCUUCAACGACAUCGAAUCGCUGAAGCAGCGCGGCUUCGGCCACGUGAAAGACUGGGACUCGCUCAACUUCCUCUUGCCGCAGGAGUACCGCAACAUCCUAUCGGAGGCGAACCAUCAGGAACAUAUCAGAAGAUCCGCUUCGAUCAAGAACAAAUUCGCCAAGAAGCGGCCGCUCAGCUGCGACGCCAACCAAUCGUCCGGCUCGAGCAUCAACACGCAGCCGAGCUCCGGCUACAGGGGCUCCUCCAGCUUGCUGUCCGAAUCGCAAACCAGCCCGUUGUUCGUCUAUCGGUACGACAGCGCGACGAGCUCCGACGCCAGUUUCGCCGAGAAACACCGCCAUCGCGUCGGCAAAUUCGCCGCGGCGGACCAGAAGAAGACCGCCGAGUCCUGCAAACGUUGCAAUACGUACGAAACCAGCGAGGAGGAGAUCGCCGAUGAUGUGAAGUACAAGCGGAAAUCGCUGCAGGAUCCGCCGUACGCGAACAGGUUCAAGAGAUUCUCCGAGACCGAGGACGAGGGCGUGGACGCCGGCACGUCCAGCAGCAGCCUCGACGAGAAUCCCGACUACCCUAAGAACAUCACCGCCAGCGAGCUCGCCCAGCUCGAGGAGUUCCUGAAGCUCAGCGGGAUCUCGUCGUCCGACAACGAGGAGUUGAACGAGAAGAGUUUGGGCCAGUUGAAAUCGUACGUCGGCAAGUUCCUCGCCUUGAAGAUGAACCAAGAGGACCACUUGACCGGUCGCAAGAGCGCCACCAUCGGGCUACCCAAGCACUUCAUGACGCCGAACAAUUCGCCGAAUAUAUCGGCGUUCGUCCAGCAGAGGCACUACCAAACGAAGAAACUCACCGACAUGCCCAUCACCGAAGAGAACGAAAACAGCCCGAUCAGCUACAGCAGACAAACCACUCCCGUGCAUUUGAACAAACACCUAUCGGACAAUCUCGUCCAGAAACGAUCGCUGAUUGUAUCUCUAACGGAUUCAGUCGAGCAGGUCAUGCACCACUUCUCCCUAGCCUCCAACCAAAUCGAAUUGAACACCUUAGGCGAUUCGAAUUCGAAUCCGGCGUGCGCCAAACUCCUACUAUCCACCCUCUGUCCCGCCCUCUACGCCGUGCUCAGCGACGGCCUCAAGCCCUCGCUGGAGACGAACUUCGGCGCCAUCAACAACUCCGUGUGGCAGGUGGUGGAGGCGUCCGCCCAGCAGGGCCCGCUCACCAACGCCCUCAACGAGCUGGUGAUGCGCAUCAACGGCGAGGACGCCGUCACCGAGGGCCUGGUCAAGUUCAACGCGUUCGUCUUCGGGCUGCUGAACGUGCGCUCGCUGGACGCGUGGACGAGCUACCUGCGGACGCGCGAGAGCGUGCUCAAGAAGCACUACACGGCCGAUUCGUUGCUGGUGCUCUCGCACACCGGCGGCGCCGACGUCAGGGGUUUGCUCGACGCCAUGGUGGCGGCGCUGCGACCGCUGGCGUUCCUGCCCUUCCAGUUGGACUUGUUGUUCGAGUUCAAGGAGUUGCAUCGGAGCUUCAAGAGGAUGGACACCUACCAGCAGCUUUACAGUCCCACCCACAAGCGUACGCCGUCUCCGAGCUUCAAACACUUCCACCGUUCGGAAUCGGAUGAUGCCUCGUCGAAAACGGUGAAGCAUUUUGACGAUUCGCCGUCGCGGUGUCAUGGGAAAUCGGGCAAGGAGCGGCCGAGGUCGUGCAUAGAGACCAACGUGUCGCAUCCGACGUUCAAAUUGGGCGAGGACGCGGACGAUUCGACGAGGAAACGCUGGUCGGGCAUCGCCUUGAGCUCCAAACUGUACCAGGCCUACCAUCGGUUGACCAAAGAGGAGGAGGAGUACGUGGACAGCUUGGAGAACGCCAACCAGGACAAGAGCGAGGACAAUUCGAAUACGGUCGAGAACGUGCCGUCGCUGGCCGAGGACUUGGAGCCCGAAUCGCUGGAUUCCAAUGGGGCCGAUAAGCCGAUCAAUGCUCGAAGAUUCAAGAAGCUGCAGAAGAAAUGGGAAAUGUUGAGUACGCAAAAUUCGACGGAAUCGCCGCCUUUGUCGCCGACGCAUGCGCCGAAAUCGAAGAUUCCCAGGCCGAUUUCGUCGCCCGUUAAACCAUCUGGGAUACCGGUGCUCGUGAAGAAGCUGCCCAGUCCCACUGGCGUGAAAACGACGCCGGUCAAAUGCUCGAAUAGCGUGAAAAAUUCGCCGGCCAAGCGAUCGGCUCCGAUCACUCGGACCAGCAGGAUGGACCAAGCUUCCGAGGCGACGAGGCACGCGCAAAGGCCCAGCAGCUUACCGUACAAAGCUCCACAAAACGGGAAAGUUACCAAAACGACGCCGCCGAGACGCGCCGUGUCCAGUUCCCUUAACCGGAAACCCUUAAGUGACACUAAAGUACCAAAGGUCGUGAGAGCGAUAGGUCGUCGUUUGGCGUCGGAGAGCGGCCAUCUUGCGUACAACGACGGCGACAGGUUGCGCGUGGUGCUGGAAGUGGACGAAAAGUGGCUGUUGUGCUGCAAGGGUACCCAAAAAGGCCUGGUGCCCAGGUCGGGGGUGAUAGCCGAUAACGGACGGUUCUGAUUGUAAAUACACCUGCUUAUUACGUUUAAUUUGCGCUGUACAAUUCGCUCGGUACGAUUAGGUUUAAUCGAACUUGUUAUUAGUAUUAUUAUAGUACGAGUAUUACUAUAUCAUUGUUACCGCUUGAUGAUUUAUUUGAUACGAUUAUGUGGCAUUGUGAUUGAUUUAGGUUUAGGUUGUUCUGCGUUUCUUGUACAAAAAUUAGUGGUAGUUGAUGUAAAAAAUCAUUUUCAGAAUCUGAACGACUGAUUAAUAGUUAAUAAUUCAUUCAUACUCAUUUAAGUGAAAACAAACCUCACAUAAAACAACAAAAUAUCAAAUUAGAGACUUAUUUUUUACAAUCAUAAAGAAAACGUUAUUAGUUUGCAUUUUAAAAGCGAUUUGUGGACGUCUCGGUAAUAGAGUAGCUUUAAGUUUAACUUAAUUGAUAAAUCCACUUUGAGUUUGAAUGGAACAUCUUUACUAUACUUUUACUCGCUUGUUAUCCAGCCAGAUUUCCAAACUGCAAAAGUGGGUUUAAGCACGUCAGAACUUUGAAAAAAAUAGAGUUUACCAAUUAAUUUAUGCACCAUGAGCUUUGGUGUGUAUCGAGUAUUCGAUGAAUACUGGAGGAUUCAACUCUGUGCUCGAGAUUUUAAGUUUUAAGAGACGUCCCGAUCGCGAUGAAUUUUUCCGCUUGCUCGAAGCCAGUAUUAAUGAUUCGAAUCGGUAUUGUGUCUAAUAAAAUUAUUAAGGUAUUUAUUACUGUGUAUAACCAAGGAUUUGAGCGCUUCGUUAAAUGAUAAAUAACUUUACGCGUAGAUUAAUUGUAAUUAAAUAAUGUAUAUUAGCGAAAUAGAAAAUAUUUGUGCAGGUGGCCUUUCUAUAUGUAAGUAAUAAGUUACAUACAUGACAAAGUUUCGAAUUGUUGAUUAUUAUUUCGUUGCUUUUCGAUUAAUUUUUUUUAUUUAUUUCGACUUUUCUAUAUCGAAAUCGCCGGUAUUUCGAUAAGCUUAAAUAAUUUUGGCUGUGUGUACGUGGUGUGGUUGUAAGUGUGUGCCUAUUCGAUACAGAAACAAAUAUUUAGUAUUUUCUUAAAUGAAUCGUUUGGUUUGCAUCGAACUAAUAAACAUGAUGGUGACAUCUCGGCAUAUAUGCAAUUAAAAAAUAUGUAAAUAAUUUAUAUAAACUUCAUAUGCAAAUAAUAAUUAUUGUUGACAUAUAUGGACUAAAUAGUGUCGAGGUGUUACUAAUUGAAAUGAUUAUAAUAGGAAAUAUAUUUGGUUGAUUUUCAUGUCGUUUUUAAUUUGAAAUGCUUGUGAUUUUUUUUAUUGUAUACCGAGAUAUUUUCGAUUGAAAUGUUACCAUACCAAGCUGUUAUUUAUUUACAAUUACAUAGAUUUUUUUUAAGUGAAAUCGGCGAAUUGGUGGGUACCUACUUUAGAAAUGAGUCUUCGUUUCAUAAUAUUUAUUUGUAUAUAUUGAUAUUAAAUAAGAUAUUGGUGUAUAUAGUUAUUACCAAAGCUCGAUAUAUUAAAUAUAAGCCUCAUUUGCCCGAUGGUGCCAUAUAUAAGUUUGUUUUACAUUAAUGUCCUUUUAGCAAUUGUAAAAAUUACCAUAUAAUUAAAA